ACCAGACUUUUGCUCUCUGUGGAGGUCAAAGGGGUUUUAUCGGCUGUGCAAAUGGAACCAAGAUUCGGAUUUUAUCAGCUAACUAUGGACGACUAGACGAAAAUAUAUGUCCUACCGGUAACACUAAAACACGUACCUGUCGUUCAAAGAUGUCUGAAAUUAAGACAAAAUGGAACUGCAAUGGGUACAAGACAUGUCACCUUCACGCUGCUAAACAGGACUUUGGAGACCCGUGUCCUACUUUCUCUAAAUAUUUGGAGGUCAAAUACCACUGUAUCAAGGACCUUAACAACUAUUCAAAAGCUAAAUAUAUUGCAUUUAAUGCAUACAUUACCAAACGGCUACAAUUUCCUGAUAGCCCCGUGAAUGUUGUUUACGAUGGUGUAUACUUCAACCAUGGAAAUGCUUACAAUAAUCACACUGGAGUCUUCACAACGCCAGCUGACGGACUGUACGUGUUUACGUGGUCAAGUCUUGUUGCACCAAAAAAGUUGUUUGACGCGGAAAUUCUAGUCAAUGGGCAAAGACAAGGACUCGGGAAUUGCUACAAUAGACAAAGUAAAGGAUAUGAAAGCUGUUCAAAUACAGUUCCACUACUCUUGAAAAUUGGGGACAUCAUAAACAUUCGAACUACAACUGCAGACUAUCUUCAUGAAGAUUGGUCCAGUUUUAAGGGAUGGAAAGUAUAA